AUGGAGGACAUGUUUGCCUCAAAUUCAACAUCCGAAGACGUGUUGGUUGCUGAGGACCAUUCCAUCAACGUUCGAUUCACUAUUUUCCUCAUCGCUGAAAGUUUAGUGUUUUUGCUCGGAGUGCCCGGUAACUGCCUGAUUCUCGGUGUCUACUGGACCAAGACUCGUAAGACCAGCACCGAUAUUCUGAUCAGAGCCCUGGCCUGGGCUGAUCUGGCCGUCUGCUUGCUGAGAACGCCAGAUAUCAUCGUAAUUUCUCUACGUUUGGCCGGAAAGUAUUUGCCGUAUUCAUUUUCUCGAGAGCUCAUAGAUGCUGUUAUCACGGCAUUUACAGACGCUACAUUAGUCUCGUCAUUCAGUAUCACUGCAAUGAUUGCAGUCGAACGCUAUGACUGCGUAUGCCGUCCGCAAAAACGGAUUUUCAAACCUCGACGGUCUAAGAUAGCUGUUUUGGUCGCAGUGUUGUUUGCAAUUGCUAUUAACGCAGGACAACUUGUCCUGCAUAUCUGUAGAGCGUCAGGCACCGUACCGCCUCCUUUACAUGUACAUGUAUAUGGAGACAUAGAACCGAUUGUUGAACCAGUUUUAUAUGUGAUUGCGUUAGUGACAAUAGUUGCGUGUUACGGGAGGGUUUACGCCACCAUCCGUAAACAUGUCAAGGUAGGGCCCGCACAAGCGCCAACUGCACGAGAUGAACACAGGCCGAGUGAUCUGACACUCGAACGCCAGGUUAUCUGCUCGACAAGACCGACACCACCUCCGCAGAAUAAUGAUUUAAACUCUCGUGAAUCAUUUGUCGACGAGGCCGUGACAAGGUUCGUAAAUACGCCAAGCACAAGUCUGACAACUGAAGUAGAUUCCUACAAACGGAAAUCCAGCGAUGCAUGCACGUCUGCUCACGUAGUAUCGUUGGCACACCAAGACUCCUCUGGCCCUAGCCAACCCAAUGUGAUCGCCGAGCCCAAAGCUAAAACUGCGCCCCAAGACAACUCCCCAUCGCAAAGGCAGAGUCGUCCAGAGCCUGGACACGCCCCUCAAAGGGUCGGUGCUGCCAAACUGCAGCGUAAGACAACCAGAAUGCUUUUCAUCACUAGUGUGGUGUUUCUCCUGACCUGGCUGCCCUACCUGAUUUACGCCGUCAGAUCGUACGCGUCUCCACAUGAUCAAUUAGCGGAAAUAAUUGAGGAUAUUUCGAUCACUCUUCUGAUUAACAGCGUAGUUAACCCGCUGAUUUACGGCAUCGCAAACAGACGAUUUAGGAAAGAUUGUAAGGAAGUCAUCCCCAAGAUCAAAUGCUGCAAAUGCUCAUAG